AUGUGGUGGCGCAAUGUGCGCCAUCUCUGCAGUGAAGUUCGAUCGCAUCCGGAGCUAUAUUUUUCUGGUAUUCAGCCAACUGGUGUGCCUCAUCUAGGAAAUUAUUUUGGUUUUAUUGAACCAUGGAUUCAGUUGCAAAAAGUGCGUUUUUGGAUAUUCGGCUGCUACUCUUCUUCUGUCGGCCAACCUCUGUCACUGGAGUCUCUGCCUUCAACUACAAAGAUGGUUUUGGCAAUAGCAGAUCAGCACGCAAUUUCCUUAGGACCGAAAGCACCAAAAGAGCUACGCAGAAAUAUCCGAUUAAUGGCCAUGAGUUUAUUAGCUUGUGGAGUUGAUCCAUCGCGAACGUUGCUCUUUCGACAGAGUUCUGUACCGCAAAUCACACAGUUGUCGUGGAUUCUUGGCUCAUUGCAGACAAUAGCUCAAUUGCAGAGACUGCCGCAAUUCAAGGAAAAAGCCUUG